UGCCGCCAUAUUGUAAAAUUUUAGAACGUGUGGUGAAACAAAACGUCGACAAAAUGUCAGAUAAAGCAGGACAGGAUGGAACGAAAGACAAAGAAUUUAUCAACAUCAAAUGCGUUAGCCAGGGUGCCCUGACAGAAAAUGAGGUGUUAUUCAGGGUGAAGCUAAACACAGCGAUGAGAAAAGUAAUGAAGUCAUAUAGUGAACGAUCUGGAGUUCCAGAAAGUAAUUUACGAUUUCUCUUUGAUGGACGAAGAAUUCUUGAAGAUCAAACGCCGAAAUUGCUGGGUUUCGAGGACGGUGAUGUAAUAGAAGUUUACCAAGAGCAAACGGGAGGACACUAGCCUAUUUUAUCGCCGGGGAUACCCGGACAGGACUUGUUUUUAUCUGCUGUACAGAAAUGAAUUCAAUGAUGUUGGUGAUUCGCGAUAUUGAGGGGAAGAUGACUCUUUCUGCUGGUGAACAGAGUGAGGAGAGAGACUUCGUAGAUUGAAGAAUGUUGAAGUGGGCCGACACUUCAGGUUCUAUCCUAGGGAAUUAUUAUCAGUCAGUGUCUUCCCUGACUGUUUUGAAUGCGUUGGAUCGACACAUUUUUAAAAAACAGUGCCAUCUGGGCCCGCCACUUUAAAAAAAAGAACGAAAUUGUCAUUAAAACCAUCUGGAGUCAUUUUGAAAGCAGAUGACUCUAAAACAUUUUAAAAUGCAUUAUAAGUCCAUAAAACUGCAAAAAUAUAUGUCUUAGUAUCGAAAAACAAAACUUGCAUCCUGCCAAAAACUUGAUUAAACAAUGGUAGGUUCGACGUGUUCAAAUCAAAUGCCAGGGGGGAAACACAGUGUCACAUAUUUUCAAGAAAUUUGGUUUUGAAACGCCCAGAUUCAUCUGUCUGAACUCCAUUGGUGCCAUUGGUGGUGGCAUGGCUAAAAACCAGUAAUUUGAAUCGAUCAGCGGAGGAUGUGGCGUCCAAAUGUAUAGUUUCAAAUAUCAUGGCAGAGUUACGCUGUUGCUACUGUACUGCCUUGAAAUCAUUAUUGGAUUUCAUAUGUCAUUGUUCCUUCUGCAGUGUAUUAAUAGUUUUUUAAAGAGGUGGGUGAGGAGAUGCCUUUAUUACUAGUGAGUUUCCGAAAUUGACAAUUCUCAUUAUUUAGACACAAUUCUUUCCAAGGGGUCAGUCCAUUCAAGCGCCGUAUGGAAUCAGUUUUAUGUAGCAUUAUUCAUAACCAUUCCUUCAAGUUCAAAGGGCCAUUCUGAUAGUUCAUCCUGGUGUAAAAAUCUGCAUUUGAUUUUGUUAUAUGCUUUAUUCGUUCAAGCUCCAUUUAUUUGUUGACCAACAAAUAAGUCGCACUCCCAUCGUAACCUUCUAGACUUGUCCUCUUGCUUUAAAGAAUGGCCCGUGAGGGUUGAAGCCUUUUUGUAUAUUUCUCAUCCCGUUCAAUGCCUCGUUCUGAAUUCUUUGCCUUGUGGUAAGACAGUAAUAUCUGGAAUCAGCCAGUUUAGUUACGAAGUUGCAAAAUGCUUAUCCGUGUGUACAGGGCUUUUUCAAUAAGUAGGGUACACGCUGUUUAAAUUGUAGUUCCUCUGGGUUGUUAUGCUCAAGACAGAUUAUUCUGAAUGCGUGUAUGAACGUGAAGUGGUUACCUUUGUUAGGACUAGUAUUACCUCUUGUAUCAUUUUAUAACUUGUACAUGUAUGAGGGAAAUUUAUGGUUAUCAGCUCGAAGCAAACACACCCCAAGCUUUUAGAGAAUACUUUUAAACAAGGUUUCGAAUGAAUGUUAAAUAUCCGCUUAGCCAUAGGAAAACGGCAACUAAUGUAAAAUGGGUCAUUGUUUUUCUGCUAGGUGGCAACACUUGCAUUUGGGUGCUGCAAUUGUUAGAACUUGGUUUACAUUCCAAGGCUCUUCCUCUGUCUCUGACCGCCAUGUGGUGUCAUAACCUUAUGAGUGUGGCUGAGCAGGUAGAAAAAAACUUCUUAAGCUUACCCAAACAAACAAAGGUGGGAAUUGAUUCUACUUUUUGUUAACCAACAACACUGAACAUAAUCGCUGGUGUGUUGCUGCCUUUGAGAAUAGUAAUGAUGCCUGAUCAUAAUUCAUAAUAAGGAUAUUUGUUCCCAGUUGAUUACCCUAAGUUUGAGUGUAAAUAGUCCCAUCUUAUCACCACAAUAUCAAGUUCAUGUAGCAUCAGACAGUUCCGUACCACCCAUUUUUUUGUUGGACAAAAUGUGCUUUGCUUUCUGCGGAAGAAAUUUGACGAAGUGACCUCAAAUGAAUACAUUUAAGACUAAGUUGAAACUAGUAACUUUCUGACGAGUAUUUGGAUAUUCUUUUAGGGCUUCCCUGCAUAAUUUUAAUCAUAUGUAUAAAAGUUGGAUAUUUUUAUCAAAACUAGUGGGUCCAAAGUUGACAAUUCAGUUGGGUUGGUCCCGGGGAUGAUAUCGGAUGAAAAAUUCUAAUCAUAACUCUUGCUGAUUCUGAUGUAAGCUGUGCCUGAAAGCUUCAGCUGUAUGAAUUCCGUCGAUGAAAUAAAGUUUUUUUGGAGGUUGUCUUGAUCAAGUUUAACAGAAAUUAAGAUUGGAGAAGGUGACUUCGUCUUUCGGGUUUUCUUUUUUGCACUUCUUUUUUCUUCACCAUGAUUUUCCAAAAUGAUGAAUUGUCUUUUGUACCAUUGUUCCAUUGUAAGAUAUGUGUAUUAUGAUGCGUCAUUAAAUUUGUGAACAUAGACCAAAAAAUUGUAGUAUUGUCAUA